AUGAGCACCAUGGAGGAACCGGAGAGCAGGAAACCCAUCGCUCUCUUCAUGGCUUUCGGUACCAAAGGCGAUGUCUACCCUCUCGCUGCCAUUGCCGCUGCUUUCGCUCGUGAUCAGCAACAGUACUCUGUGGUUUUGAUGUCUCAUUUGGCUCAUGAGAAUCUAAGCUCCCACUUGACCAAAGCGAACGUUUCCUAUUUCCCUAUCAAUUCUCCUCCUGCUCUGUCUAGUGAAGCUCAGGGUACUGAGAACGUCACAGACUCAACAAGGACACUCUUUUUGGAGGAAAAACGAAGGAUACAAAGGGAACACAGACAAGAGUGUCGUUCUGCAUUCGGAAGCUUUUUCAGAAAGGGUCCUUGUAUGGAGGGUGAUGUCGUUGUCAUUAAUUUCUUUGCAUUGGAAGGAUGGAGCCUUGCAGAACUUUUCCAGAUCCGUUGUGUGGUGGCAGCUCCUUAUGUUGUUCCGUAUAGUCCACCUUCAGGCUUUGAAAGACAGUUUAAGAAGGAACUUCCGGAGCUAUACAAGUACUUGAAAGAACCCCCCAUCGGCAAGGUUAGCUGGAGUGAUGUAAUUCAUUGGAUGUGGCCUCUUUUUACUGAAGAAUGGGGAUCAUGGCGAUAUGAGGAACUCAACCUAAGUUGUUACCCUUUUGCAGAUCCAGUAACAGACCUUCCAGUUUGGCAUAUCCGGCCGCCAUCUCCACUGGUCUUGUAUGGUUUCAGCAAAGAAAUUGUCGAGUGCCCUGAUUACUGGCCGUUGAGUGUUCGAGUCUGUGGUUUUUGGUUUCUGCCCAACGAGUGGCAGUUUUCAUGCAACAAGUGUGGAGACGAUCCUUCUGCAGACGAUUCCCGUACAUGCUCAAACCACACUGAGUUUUAUACUUUUGUAUCGUCUUUAGAGCCAACUCUGCCUAUCUUUGUAGGGUUGAGUUCUGUUGGAAGCAUGGGUUUUCUGAAGAAUCCCAUGGCCUUUCUUCGAGUUCUCCAGUCUGUUAUCCAGAUUACAGGAUACAGAAUAAUCAUUUUCACAGCGGGUUAUGAACCUUUAGAUGCAGCAAUUUGGACCAUUGCUAAGGAAACUGCUUCAAGUGCGAAACAAUCUUUACAUGCGGGAAUCUCUAUCUUCAACGGCAAGCUUUUCUGCUUCUCUGGUAUGGUGCCAUACAAUUGGCUAUUUCAAAGAUGUGCUGCUGCAAUUCAUCAUGGUGGCAGUGGUUCUACAGCUGCAGCAUUACAUGCUGGAAUCCCGCAGAUCAUAUGUCCGUUUAUGCUGGAUCAGUUCUAUUGGGCAGAAAAGAUGUCUUGGCUCGGGGUUGCUCCUCAACCAUUGCAAAGGAACCACCUGCUUCUGGAAGAAACAAAUGAUGAGAACAUUAUGGAAGCUGCACAAGUUGUAGCAAAAGCCAUAUACGAUGCAGUGUCUGCAAAAACCAAAGCUCGUGCCACUGAAAUCGCUGAGAUAUUAUCUCUUGAGGAUGGAGUCUCAGAAGCUGUGAAAGUGCUUAGAGAAGAGGUGUGUGAAGUUUCAGGCAGCAACCGAAUAUUUGGAUGA